AUGAAGUGCAAAUCCUCCUCCUCCGAUGGCUCUCUUACUAUCAAGCUCGACAUAAGCAAAGCCUACGACCGAGUUGAAUGGGUUUUCCUAGAAAGGGUGAUGUUACAAAUGGGAUUCAGUGAUGAUUGGGUUAGGAGAAUUAUGAGUUGUAUCACUAGUGUGCAAUUUUGUUUUAAGCUCAAUGGGAGUAUUUUUGGCAACCUUGUUCCAUCGUGGGGCCUUCGUCAGGGUGAUCCUAUCUCCCCAUAUUUGUUCCUUAUCUGUGCCGAUGCCUUCUUUUCCCUUCUCUCUCGAGCGGAAUGCUCCAAUAUAGCUAACAUUAUUAGUACUUAUGAGCGAGCUUCUAGUCAAAAAGUUAAUUAUGAGAAGACUCAAAUCUCCUUUAGCAAGAAUGUUCUGCCUAGCUUAAGAGCCGAGAUAGCAUCUAGACUUACUGUAACUGAAGUGCUUCACCAUGACAAGUAUCUGGGCCUCCCUAACAUCAUGGGUCGAUUGAAGAAGUCUAUCUUUGCGUGUAUUAAGGAAAGAAUCUAG